UUUUUAGAAGCAGCAAACUACCGGGAUCGCGUUUGUGUGGCACGGGAGGUGCGAACUAAAGUUGAGGAUUGAUUGCUGUCAGGUGACACAAGUCAGCUGAUGCUGAGGUUUCAGCUCUAACUCCUGCACUGCAGCUGGCCAAGUAUCAGUGGUGGCAGGACACACAAAAAGCUGGAGGAACUCGACAGGCUAGGCAGCACCUGUGGAAAAGACUAAACAGUCGACGUUUCGGGCCCAUACCCUUCAUCAGGACUGGAGAAAAAGAAGAGAAGUGAGGAUUGCUGAGUGAUGGAGCUGCUGGUUUUGUCUCUUGUGCUGCUUGCCCACUUUGCUCUGUCCCUGGACAAUGGCCUCAUGAGGACCCCUCCCAUGGGCUGGCUGGCAUGGGAACGGUUUCGCUGCAACACCAACUGCGCCAUGGACCCCAAAAACUGCAUCAGUGAGAGGUUGUUCAUGGACAUGGCCGAUCGGUUGGCAGAGGAUGGCUGGAAGGAGCUUGGCUACCAGUACGUGAACAUCGAUGAUUGCUGGGCGGCAAAGGAGAGGGAUUCUCAGGGACGUCUGGUUCCCGAUCCUGAUCGAUUCCCCAGUGGAAUUAAAGCUUUGGCACAAUACGUCCAUUCUAAAGGUUUGAAACUUGGCAUUUAUGGGGACCUAGGCAAGUACACUUGUGGUGGCUACCCGGGUACCACCUUGGACAAGGUUGACUUGGAUGCCCGUACCUUUGCCUCCUGGGGAGUGGACAUGCUGAAGCUGGACGGCUGCUAUUCAACCCCUUCCGACAAGGCUGUGGGUUAUCCACUGAUGUCAAAGGCGCUGAAUGCCACUGGGCGUCCGAUUGCCUUCUCCUGCAGCUGGCCAGCGUACGAAGGAGGUUUGCCACCUCGGGUGAACUACACUCUGCUGGGGGAGAUCUGCAAUCUCUGGAGGAACUAUGGUGACAUCAGCGACUCAUGGGACAGCGUUCGGGACAUCGUCAACUGGUACGAGAAGCACCAAGAUAUCCUGCAGCCGGCGGCUGGCCCGGGGAGAUGGAACGACCCAGACAUGUUGAUCAUUGGCGACUUUGGCCUGAGCCUUGAGGAGUCCAAGUCACAGAUGGCUCUUUGGGCCAUUCUUGCGGCACCCCUCUUCAUGUCUAACGACCUGCGGACAAUCUCCAAGUCGGACGCUGAGAUCCUACAGAACAAGCUGCUGAUCAAGAUUAGUCAAGAUCCGCUGGGAAUUCAGGGCCGUAUGAUACUGAAGGAGAAGUCUAGUAUUCAAGUCUGGAUGCGAGUGCUGUCCUCCUCAACCAUGGCUUUCGCUUUCUUCAGCCAGCGCACCGACAUGCCUUACCGGUAUACCACAUCUCUGACCCAGCUCAACGUCACGGCCCCAAAGGUGUACUCGGCAAAGGACGUGUACACAGGUCGUGUCCUGCACGGCCUGGAGUUUGACACCAAGUUCACUGUCUCUAUUAAUCCAAGCGGAGUGGUUAUGCUCUACGUGUAUCCAGAAGACCAGUUCAAACUAAACAGAAGGCCCAGAGACUACCCACUACUGCUGUGAAGGAGCCUCCAUCACCAUGGCAACAGAAGGCCCAAAGCCUGUACUUGGCUGUCAUGAAGCAGCAUUAACCGCUAUCGAUGAUCUGGUCUUUAAUUCUUUGUGCAUUUCAUUGCAAAUUGGGCAUACUUUAUGCUUAGGUGGGAAAUUCUGAAGGGAUUACUUAUCCCAUUGGCUCUUGAUGGUCUAUUUUAUUAAUGUAGUUUUCCUUUGAUCAUGGUGUUUCUGGUACUCUAAGGGUUAAGCAGUCAGUGUGGAUGUCUUGGUCACUCGAUGCCCAUUGACUGUCCAUUCUCUCAGGUAAAAGUGCACAGCACUCUUGGAGGCUAUUCAGCCCAACAUGGAUCGUCCUCCAGACAUAGACCAAUAAUAGGGCUGUUAUCAAACAGGCUGCUUCAUCCUUCAUCCUGGAUGGUAGGUGAAGCAUUUAACACAUUAAGCUUGGGAUGGAAUGAUUUUUGUUCUUUAACAGCAUACAAUUUACUAACAAGGGUCAUCUGAUCACUCAAAGCCAGACAUCCUGAUUCCACUGUUUUCCACUGGAAUAUCAUGGUCAGCCUGUGCCAACAGGACUGUACCUUUGGAAAAACUAAGCCCCUCGAGUAGUGAAAAUGGGUUCAAGAGUACAGUAGCCUAAUGGUCAAAUUACUGGAUUGGCAGCCAGACCUCUGGAAUGUUGAGCUUGAGCUAUGAGUUCAUUUCCUGUGGAGGCAGCUUGAGAACUUAAAUUCAACAAAAUAAAUAAAUAUUGAUUUUUACCAUAAAAGAUUCUGCAGAUGCUGGAAAUCAGAACAAUGUGCACAAAAUACUGGAGGAACUCAGCGAGGUUAGGCAGUAUCUAUGGAGUUGACCUUUCAAGCUGAGGUCCUUCAUGACGACUCAUUGGUUUUUGAAUUAAUAUCAUUGGCAGUAACGGUAAAGCCACGGAGCUGUUAAACAAACCCGCUUGGUACAUUAGUGACAACCAGAGAGGAAAUCUCUCCUUAUCUGGGGUGACACUUAAGUGAUUAACUCAGCUCAGGGACACUUGGUGAUGGGUACUAAAUGGUGGCGUGUUCCCACACAUCCACACCCCUGGAACAAAUCGAUUUAUAAAAAAAAAAGUUUGCAUUUCUAAUAGUUAGAAUUGGUUUAAAUGUGGCAGAGUGAAGCACUCCAGCCCUCGAUUACUCUGGGUGAGCACUGGAACAGCUGGUCACCUCAAUAUAGGAAGGAUGUGGAAGCUAUGGAGAGGGUGCAGAGGAGAUUUACCAGGAUGUUGCCUGGUUUGGAGUACAAGUCAUAUGAAGCAAGGUUAACAGAGCUGGGACUUUUCUCUUUGGAGCGUCAAAGAAUGAGAGGGGACUUGAUCGAGGUCUACAAGAUUAUGAGAGGCAUAGAUAGGGUGGAUAGUCAGUACCUGUUUCCCAGGGCACCAAUAGCAAACACCAGGGGGCAUAUGUACAAAAUUAAGGGAGAGAAGUUUAGUGGAAACAUCAGGGGUAAGUUUUUUUACACAGAGGGUUGUGAGUGCCUGGAAUGACUUGCCAGGGAUGGUGGUGGAGGUUGAAACAUUAGGGGUAUUUAAGUGCCUCUUGGACAGGCACAUGGAUGAAAGAAAAAUAGAGGGUUAUGGGUAGUGUGGGUUUAGUACUUUUUUUCAAGGAUUAUAUGGGUUGGCACAACAUGGAGGGCUGAAGGGCCUGUACUGUAUUGUGAAUUUUUUUGAAUGAGCUGAGAGAGACACUUAACUGAAAGAACUUUGGAUUUUUUUAACCUUGGGGAACUGCAGAUAUCUCAGUUAUUGAAAAUAUUUAAGGCUGGUGUUGUCGGACUGUGAAAGAUUGGAGGGGCUCAAUGAGGAAGAUAUUGUGGAAGUUCAGCUGUGAUUGUACCGAACGGCAGUCAGCUGGGGCCUGAGUGACCUCCAACUGCUCUUGGUAGUUAACGUAGUGGUUAUGUUACCAGAUUAGCAACUGAGCACUUGGACCAUUGAUCCAGGGAUAUAGAAUCAGGCUCUUCAGCUGAUCUUACAAGAUCCAAUUCCACUGCAGCCACUGAAAACUUCCAAGUAUGAAAUAAACAGUAAUUAAGGAAAUCUCAAACUGAUGCUUGGAGUUAGGUAAUAAUGGCCGUAAAACUACUGAAUUGUCAUUCAGUCCUUCAGAUUGAUUAAUAAGUGGGGAGGAAAUCUAUCUCGUCCUUAACUCGUUUGGUUUACAUGCAACUGAAGAACCAUCAAUGUGCUUGGUCCUUAAAUACCUCCUCGGGUCAAAGGCGUGGUAGCACAAGGAGAGUUUCUCUCUUCCGUUAAAGGGUGGUGGUUCUCAUUCUGUGGGAGCAUCACUGCUGUUAUACCUCAUCCGUCAAGAGCAGUGUGUUCCUGGUGUCUGUGAUGUCUGUGUGACAGAGCUAGUUUGCUGGUUGACUACAGGUACAUACGUGCACAUUGUUCCAAUUCCAUUAUUUGUUCAGUUCCCUUUUGCAAGUCACCAUUCAGACUGCCUCCACUGCCACUUCAGUGAAUGUGAAUCCAACUGUAAUAACUGACCAUGAGUUUUCAUUGCCCUUUGAUCUUCCUGACUUUCCUGUUGUUGAGUUAUCUUUAAUCCCAAAUUUCACAAAUCACCAGAUGAGACGAGUUCUUUUGUUAAAUUGCACUUUAAAAAUACUUACUAAGGCACUGAGAUUGUUGUUUACUCCACAGUAAAGCAGCUAUACUGUGAUGGUGGUGGAAGAAUUAAGCAAAUAGGGUGAUGGAUUGGGUGCUGAAAGAUGUCUUCUUCAGCAAAAAAAAUCUGGUUUUUUAAAAUCAGCAUGUUGCUUCUGUGAAUUUGUACUUUCUUAAAAAAUAAAAACAUUACCAUA